CCUGUACAAAAGACCAAACGCAAAGCUGUCAUGAGUUCCUUAAAUGCAAGUUCUUACAAGAAUACCUCUAUUGUUCGUCCUGAAUACUUUUUCAUCAGUGGACUUUCAGGUAUACCAUAUGGCUCCUAUUACUAUAUUUUCUUAUUUAUUACAUAUUUUAUUACUAUAAUUGGGAACUCUGUAGUCCUUCUCAUUAUAGCUCUUGAGCGGAGUCUGCACAGUCCAAAGUACAUUGUUGUGUUUAACUUGGCCUUGGCUGAUAUUGGUGAAACUAAUGCACUGAUUCCUAACAUGAUGAAGACUUUUCUGUUUGACUCACAGUACAUAACCUAUAAUGCUUGUUUGGUGAACAUGUUUUUUGUGUUCCUGUUUAGCACUAUGCAAAGUUUCACUCUUGUUGUUCUGGCGUAUGAUCGCUUUGUUGCAAUAUGUUUGCCAUUAAGAUAUCAUGCUAUUGUAAACAAUUCCAGUAUAACAUUAAUUCUUUCAGCAAAAUGGGCAUUCAACUCUUCGAUGGUGGCCCUGAUGGUGUCUUUGAUCACUCGAAUUUCAUUUUGUGAUUCCAAUGUGAUACAGAGUUAUUUUUGCGAUCAUGGACCAGUGUAUAGGCUGGCAUGUAAUGACAAUAGUAUUAAUAAGUUUAUGGGAUCCUUCAUCACAUGUUUAUACCUAGUUGUACCACUGGGUAUUAUAGUCCUGUCAUAUAUAGGAAUUUUUCUUGCUUUAAAUAAAAUUACAACUUGGGAAAGUCGUUUAAAAGCACUGAAGACCUGUGUUUCACAUCUGUUGUUAGUAGGGAUUUAUUUUCUCCCUAUGUCCUGUACAUACAUUGCUGCGUGGUUGCUUGCUCUCGCUCCUAAUGCCAGAGUCAUCACUACAUCUCUGGCAUAUACUAUUUCACCAAUGCUAAAUCCCAUCAUUUAUGUUUUAAACACAGCUGAAAUCAAAGACUUAUUGCGAAAAAUGUUUAAAAACAAACCUGCACCAUUCAAAGACAACAUUGCAAAAUGA